AACACACUGAAAAAACUUCCAAUGUCAAAAUCACUACAAAAAUAAAAUAAACAUUGGGUAGAAAGAAUACCUAUUAUUAUUAUUAUUUAGUCAGUUAUUGAAUAUUUUAUAUUUUGGUCCUAUUAAGAAAGCAAAGUCAUCAGUUUCAGUUUAGCCAGAAACAAAUAAUAACUAAUUAAUUACGUUCAUUCUCUACAUUUAUUUUUAAUAACGUGUAUUGUUUUAAUUUGUGUGUUGCAUAAUAUGGCCCCGUAAACGAGUCAAUCACAAUUAUGAAUUAUUCUAAUAUUUGUAUUAUAUUGAACGGUUGCACUAAACUAGACCGCGGCUUACGGAAAACUGUUUUCUUUAAAAACGGUCAAUGUUUCAAACAAGAUAUAUUUAAGAGUUCUGUACGUUGCCUUCGCAGUUACCCAUGCCUUAGAAAAUCUCAGGAUGAUGGUGUUACGGUGCUUCCCUCUCCACAGGAGGUAACAGCUACACUACGAAAAAAUGAAUUUAACAAAGAAUUCAUAUAUGGCACUAUUAAAUCCUAUGACUCAAAUCAAUUGGCUUCUAAUCAUCCUAUUGAAGACACCAGAAGUGAGGCUCAAUGUAUUUUCACUCCAGGGUUUUUAAUGGGAGUCUUUGAUGGACAUGGAGGUCCAGCUUGUGCUCAGGUUUUAUCUAAACGGAUGCUAAAAUAUAUUGCUGCAAGUCUAUUAUCUGCGCAUGAUUUAGAGAAAAUUAAAAAACAAGAUGUCAUGGAUAAUUUGUUAGAAGUAUUCAAUGAUAAGGCAGAUAUAGUUCAAGAUUUAAAAGUGAUUUAUGAAAAGAGUUUUCGGAAAUAUUUAGAUGAUCUGUCAAAAUUACGCGAAGAAGGUGAUAUUGAUGUUAAAACUUGUUUAGAACAGAGUGUACUUCAUCUAGAUGAUGACUUAUCAAAGGAAGUCUUAGACCCAUACUCUAAAGAUGGAUUUAUAAAUCAUAAAACAUUAUCAGUUGCCUUGUCAGGUGCUGUUGCCUGCAUUGCCUAUAUUGAUGGACCUCAUUUAUAUGUAGCUAAUAUUGGUGACUGCAAUGCUGUCUUAGGCACUAUGACUGAAGAUAAUGAAUGGAUCUCAAAGAAGAUAACCAAAGAGCACAAUUCAGAAAAUAUAGAUGAACUGAAAAGGAUAUGGAAUGAACAUCCAGAAAAUGAGAGAAAUACAAUAAUCAGACGUGAUAGACUCUUAGGUGAAUUAGCACCAUUAAGAAGUUUAGGUGACUUUAGAUAUAAAUGGUCAGCUGACAUGUUAGGAAAGCUUGCUGUUCCAUUAAUAGGUCAAAGAGCAAUCCCCGCAAACUAUCACACACCUCCAUAUUUAACUGCAAAGCCUGAUGUCUUCUAUCACAGACUGACUCCAAAGGACAAGUUCUUAAUUAUUGCAUCAGAUGGGAUCUGGGAUAUGAUGACGCCGCUCCAAUCUGUGAAAUUAGUUGGUGAACACAUGAAAGGAAAAGUGUUUUUCAAUCCACUUAAAUUGCCAAAAAAGAACAUUCAGUUAGGUGAUAUAAAUGAGUUACUAUUGCAUAGAAAGGAGAGUUUGAAAAGUAAACCGAAAGAUCGGAAUGCAGCGACUCAUUUAAUAAGACACGCUAUAGGUGGUACUGAAUAUGGUGUUGAUCACUCAAGACUGGCUCAUUUACUUAGUUUGUCACCAGAUGUUAGUAGAAUGUUCCGAGAUGAUAUGACUGUUACAGUUAUUUACUUUGAUUCAGAGUAUCUUCGGCAGUGCCCUGCUUAAGUGGUGUUAUUUGUGCCUGUUUUAAUUGACUGCCUUGUGAGUGUUUGUUUAAUUACAAAUUUUGAUUGCUCAUGUACUUUAGAAAUCCUUUAUAAAACUAAUUUUUUAUUUUUCAAAUUGCUCAUUGUAUAUGAGAAAUUGUGCAUUUUUAAUGGUGUGAGUUGUAAAUGUAACUUUUUGAGUGUUAUAGUGUCGCACCUUUGUUUAAUGUGUACUCACCUACAGUUUCUUUAUGAUGUUAAAGACACCGAUACUAAAUUUUAGGUUCACAGAAUUGUCUGAGCUGUAUAAACUAAGCUUAUGCUAGAAUAUUUACUAAAUACAGUCUAAAAAUGCCUGUUUAAAUGUACCAACCCUUAAAAAAACCGUUUCAAAUAAUGAUUUAAAUUUUGUUAUAUAUUUAAAUGUUUCUUGUUAGUUUUCUUCCUUGUUUAGAAUCUUGUCUUUUGUUAUAACUUAAUUGAAUGUUUAAAAAAAAAUUGCUUUACAGCCUUAUCUUUAAGAUUACUGAUACUUAUACAGAAAAUAAAGGAAAUAGGAGUAUAUUUGUACAAAAUUACGUUGCAAGUAUCGCAAUUCUUAAAAAGAAAUGUAUGUCGACUGUCUGGAUGAUGGCGAGGUCAUAUUGUAAUAUUUGAUAAUAUUCAUGGUAAAUUAUGGUAAUUUUGUGCAUAUAUUAAAACUUCGUCCCUAAAAAUAAAUAUUACCUAGUGUAUCUUAACUGGUCAGAGUGAUUUGUAAAAAUAUGUAGCUUUAAAAGUUUCAUAUACAUUAAUUUGAUAUGUUUUCCAAGUUACAGUAAUAAAUAAAUUAUGUGUUCAUUUAAUAACAACUAUUUCUAUUUGUGACGUAUCAAUGCUAAGCUCAAAAAAGGGAUAUUCAGAAAGCUUGUGUGACUUCAUUUUUGUUAUACAUAUUAUUUUAAUUUCUCUACAUGAAUAUUAAGAAUUAUGUACAAUCAAAACAACAGAAAUACAUGUUUUUAUAAGGUGUUUAUUAAAUUGAAAAUCUACCUCAAAUUUAGGGUUUUUUCCUCAAAGCUAUCUUAAU